UGGAUAUCAUGGUCUCUUUGAACAAAGUAGAUUUGUUCGAUCUGUUUUUCACUUUAUUAUCGACUUCGCUGUAGAUUUCAUCGAAAGAAUUUUAUAUUUCUAAGAAAAAAUGGCAGAUUACUUGGACGCCGAGGCAGAAGAGAGUGAGGAAGAAGAAGAACUCGAUGUUUAUGAAAGGAGAAAACUUAAAAAGUUAAGGGCUAUGCAGGACAGUGACGAUGAGGACGAUGAUGAUGAAGGACAAAUUGAUGGACUUAUUGAUGAUAAUCCAAUCGAAGACAAUGAUGGUGAAGAUAGCGAUGGAUCAGGUUCUGGGAAACGUAAAAAGAGCGAUGAUGAAGAUUUUGAUGAUCGUUUGGAAGAUGAAGAUUACGAUCUACUUGAAGAGAAUUUGGGUGUAAAAGUUGAGAGGAAACAUCGUUUUAAACGUCUCCGCAGAAUACAAGAUGAAGAAUCUGAAGGAGAAGAAGAGGGAGAGACAGAUGAAAGAAAUGCUAUUGCUAAUGAACUGUUUCAAGGAUCUGGAGAUGAAGAUGAUGAAAGAAGUGAAAUUAGUCAUAGACCCGAAGUAGAAGCAUUCGAUGAAGAAGAAAGUGAAGACGAAGAUGAUUUUAUUGUGGAUGGUGAUGGUGUACCUAUAACCGAGAAAAAAAGAAAAAAGAAACAUAUUUUUUCAGACGCGGCUUUGCAAGAAGCUCAAGAUAUAUUUGGUGUUGAUUUUGAUUAUGAUGAAUUUGGAAAGUACGAAGAUGACGAAUUUGACGAAGACGAAGAGGAGGAUGCAGAUGAUGAAUACCUUGAAGAUGGAGAAGACCGACCGAGACGAUCGAGGAAACAUUUUAAAAAGAAAACCACAAAGAAGAGUAUUUUUGAAAUAUAUGAACCUAGUGAACUUAUCCGUGGACAUUUUACUGAUGUGGACAACGAGAUUCGUACUACAGACAUUCCUGAACGUAUGCAACUUCGUUCUAUUCCAAUUACACCGACCGCAGAAGGUUCGGAUGAAUUAGAUCUUGAAGCAGAGUGGAUAUACAAGCAAGCAUUCUGUCAGCCAACAAUUUCGGUACAAGAUGCUCAUCUAAAUGAAGAAGCCAAAGAAAGAGCUAAAAAGGGCCCACAAACUGUCAACAAAAUUAAAAAAGCUUUAGAUUUCAUGCGUAAUCAAAAUUUCGAAGUUCCUUUCAUCUCAUUUUAUAGGAAGGAAUAUGUUUUACCAGAAUUAAAUAUUAACGAUUUAUGGAAAAUAUAUAAAUUCGACACAAAAUGGUGUCAGCUUAAGCAAAGAAAAGAGAAUUUAUUGAAAUUAUUUGAAAAGAUGAGAAAUUUUCAAUUGGAUGAAAUUAUGAAAAAUCCUGAUGCUCCGUUACCCGAGAAUAUACGGGUCAUUAAAGAUGAUGAUAUUGAACGACUUAAAAAUGUUCAGACUUUUGACGAAUUAAAUGAUGUUUAUCGACACUUUAUGCUUUAUUAUAGUCAUGAUCUUCCAGCAAUGCAGGACGACCUUCGUAAGAAGGAAAUAGAAAUACGAAAGAAAUCUAGAAUUGAGAAAAGGAAACAACAAAUUGCGGAAGCUGAAGAAAAUGGAAUUUCUCUGGAAGAAACUAUUGACAUAGAAGAAGAUGACGAAGGUCAAAUAGAUGAAACAUUAAAACAGCCAGUUAGAAAAGGUCCUUAUUCCGUUUGUAGAAAGGCUGGUUUAGACGGACUUGCUAAAAAGUUUGGUCUCACGCCGGAACACUUCGCUGAAAAUCUCCGAGAUAAUUAUCAACGUCACGAAGUAGAGCAGGAAUCAAUAGAACCUACUGUAGUAGCCGAGGAAUUUUGCUCAGCAGUUUUUAAAACUAGCAAUGAAGUGCUUAAAGCUGUGCAAUUAAUGGUUGCAAUUCAAUUAGCACAUGAACCGUUAGUAUGUAAGUGCGUCAGAGAAAUGUAUAUGGAAAGAGCAAAGUUAUCUGUAAGACCGACUAAGAAAGGAAUUAAAGAAAUCGAUGAAAAUCAUCCUCUUUUUACGAUAAAAUAUCUUAAGGACAAGCCUGUACGAGAUCUUAUCGGAGAUCAAUUUUUAAAAUUAAUUAUGGCUGAAGAAGAUAAAUUAAUUACAAUUUCCUUCAGUGAUAUGAUAGAAGGAAAUACUACCAAUAAUUAUAUUGAUGAAAUAAAACAACUAUACUAUAGAGACGAGUUCAGUAAAAGUGUACAAGAUUGGAAUGCACUGAGAACUGGCAGCGUUGAAAUAGCUUUAAAUCGUAUUGUAAUACCACAGUUGAAGAAAGAAUUACGAUCUAAUCUUUUAAUAGAGGCGAAAGAAUGUGUUAUGAAAGCUUGUUGUCGUAAAAUGUAUAAUUGGAUAAAAGUUGCUCCAUACAGUUGCGAAUUCCCUGAUGAAGAUGAUGAAGACUGGAAUACUAGUAAAGGAAUUCGAGUAAUGGGUUUGGCUUAUAUAUCCGAUCCGUCUGUAUCUGCUUUUACUUGUAUAAUUUCUCCAGAUGGAGAGUGUACAGAUUACUUGAGAUUACCACAUUUAUUAAAACGCAAAAAUAGUUUUAGAGAGAAUGAAAAAAUGAUGAAGGAGGCUGAUUUGUUAGCAGUUAAGAAUUUCAUUGCUACAAAAAAACCACACGUUGUGGUAGUGAGUGGUGAAUCUAGAGAAGCAUUAAUGAUAGUAGCAGAUCUGAAGGAAUGUAUUACUAAUUUAGUAGAAGACGAACAAUUCCCUGCAAUACAAGUGGAGAUAUGUGAUAAUGACUUAGCUAAAGUUUAUGCGAAUAGUAACAAAGGUACAUCCGAUUUCAGAGAUUAUCCAGAAUUACUGAGGCAAGCGAUAUCUUUAGCAAGAAGGAUACAGGAUCCUCUAUUAGAGUUUUCUCAAUUGUGUACCGUAGAUGAAGAAAUUAUGUGCCUUAAAUAUCAUCCUUUGCAAGAUCAAUUACUUAAAGAAGAUCUUAUAGAAAAUUUAUAUUUGGAGUUUAUAAAUCGUGUAAAUGAAGUAGGAGUAGAUUUAAAUCGAACAGUUCAAGAGCCUUAUACAUCAAACUUAGUACAAUUUGUGUGUGGUUUGGGUGCCAGAAAGGCUCAAUCGUUGAUUAAGAUUCUAAAGCAAACUAAUCAGAGACUAGAGAACAGAACACAACUAGUAACAGCUUUUCACAUGGGGCCCAAGGUAUUUGUUAACUGUGCAGGUUUUAUUAAGAUAGACACAAAUAGUUUAGGAGAUAGUACCGAGGCAUAUGUAGAAGUUUUGGAUGGUUCACGUGUACAUCCCGAAACGUACGAAUGGGCGAGAAAAAUGGCAGUAGAUGCACUAGAGUAUGACGAUGAAGAUGCAAAUCCUGCUGGUGCUUUAGAAGAAAUUCUUGAAUCUCCAGAAAGAUUAAAAGAUUUAGAUCUGGAUGCGUUCGCCGAAGAGCUUGAAAGACAAUGUUUUGGAAACAAGUGCAUUACUCUUUACGAUAUAAGAGCUGAACUGAAUUGUAGGUACAAAGAUCUCCGUGUAGCCUAUCAAUCCCUAAAUACAGAGAAAUUGUUUGAUAUUUUGACAAAAGAGACUCCGGAAAUGUUCUAUGUUGGUAAAUUAAUCCUAGCAACAGUUGUUGGAAUAAGUCACAGAAAACCGCAAGGAGAUCAGCUGGAUCAAGCAAAUCCUGUUAGAAACGAUGAGACUGGUUUAUGGCAGUGUCCGUUUUGUUUGAAGAACGAUUUCCCAGAAUUGUCGGAAGUGUGGAAUCAUUUUGAUGCUGGUGCGUGUCCGGGGAAAGCAACUGGAAUCCGUUUAAGAUUGGAUAAUGGAAUCUCUGGCUACAUUCAUGUCAAAAAUUUAUCUGAUAAGCAUGUCAAUAAUCCAGAGGAAAGAGUACAUGUUGGUCAAGUAAUUCAUUGUCGUAUAACAAAAAUAGAAGUAGAACGAUUUAGUGUCGAAUGUACUAGUAAAACGAGUGACCUUAUUGACAAAAAUCGUGAAUGGAGACCUCAGAAGGACGCUUACUAUGACACAGAAGCAGAGGAGAACGAUACAAAGAUUGAAGAAGAUACCAAAAAAGCGCAACAAAGACAGACUUAUGUAAAACGUGUUAUAAUUCAUCCCAGUUUUCAUAACAUAAGCUUCGCUGAAGUUGAGAAGUUAAUGCAAACAGUGAAACAAGGAGAAACGAUAAUACGUCCAAGCAGUAAAGGAUCCGAUCAUUUGACAGUGACAUGGAAAGUCACAGAAAAAAUUCAUCAACAUAUUGACGUAAGGGAGGAGGGCAAAGAAAACGUGUUUUCUUUAGGUCGUAGUCUGUGGAUUGGCAAUGAAGAAUUCGAAGAUCUGGAUGAAAUUAUUGCAAGACAUAUUAAUCCAAUGGCUGUCUAUGCUUCAGAACUUUUAGAUUUUAAAUACUACAAACCAAAUGUGGAAGGCCUUAAAGAUAAAGCGGAGGAAAUAUUGAAAGAACAGAAAAAACAAAAUCCUGGAGGAAUUCCGUAUAUUAUAUCUGCUGCUAGGAAUUAUCCUGGAAAAUUUUUACUUUCAUAUUUACCGCGAGUUCGUUGCCGCCACGAGUAUGUUACCGUGACACCGGAUGGAUUUCGAUACAGAGGUCAAAUAUUUAAUAGAGUGAACGACUUGUUCCGUUGGUUUAAAGAGCAUUUUAGAGAUCCUAUACCUGGUCAAUCUACACCUGGUACGCCACAUGGAGGUAUGACUACCAGAACACCGUACAUUAGUACUCCAGGAAUUAAUGGAGUGAAUUCAGACGCAAUACAAAAAGUAGCCCAAAAUAUGCCACACCACAUGUUACAUUCUCUCUCGAAAGUAGCAAGCCAAACUCCACAUAAUUAUCCGCCAUGCACUCCAGGAACUGCCAGUGUUAAUAAUUAUGGAAUUUAUGGAAGCACACCUUACACGCCUUCAGGCCAGACUCCAUUUAUGACUCCAUAUCAUACUCCACAUCAUACACCUCACCAUCCACAGACCCCCAGUCAUAAUCAAGGACCAUUCUUGCAACCAAUACCACCCGCAAUGAAUUCAAAUACGCAUAGAGCUUCAAGAUCUCACAGGUCUACUUCGUCCGACUCAACGAAUUGGACAAAGGCGGCGGAAGCUUGGGCUCGUGCAAAACAAUCUACUUCGAGUCUUUUCGAUUUUAGUAACAUUACUCCAAGAUACGAUGACAAUAGAAGAACGCCACGGAAUCAAGAAACUCAAAACGAUAGAGCAGUUCCACGGAAUAGAACUCCCUCUGUUCGCACUCCAUCUUACAAAUCUCCCAAAGGGACUCCAUUUACAAAUUCUAGUCCACGGAGUAUGUCGAUCAGCGGCGACGGUACUCCUUUAUACGAUGAAAACUGGUGAAGGCAAUAAUAUGUUUUACAUAUACCUAGGUCAAUUAGUCAUUUGAAACUAUACUCCGCUCUAUAAAGAAAGAAACGAGUAAACUGACCCAUUAUAGGUGAUCUUUUGUUUGCCCGUUGGUAUAGGUCAUUUUCUAUUAUAUGAAGUAUUUAUUACAAGUACAAAUUUUUUUUAGAAUUUUUUUCAGACUUUCAUUACGAAUUUUUAAUCGUAUCUUGACAUAAAAUGUUUAGUUACGCAAGCCAGACUAACAGAAACAAAUGAUUCAUUUAAUAUAGAUUUUGUAUUUUAUUGUAGCAAAAUAUUGUUUUUUUUUUCUCGUAGAAAUGUUCAGUGUUUUCUUUUUUCAUGUACACGUAAUAUUUAGAACAUUCUACCUCAGUAAAAUUAUAUUUUAAACACUAAUUAUAAUCAGAACGCCUAUACGUGUUUGCUCAAUAUAUCAUAUUACCAUUUAGUUUCAUGAAUCAUAACAUUCAAACGCAAAGAUA